CUGUAGUUACACCCCGACCGCUAGAUAUCUAGUGUUCGACAAAUGUAAACAGGUAGUCACGUCCACGCUCGUUCAGCUCGUUCGGUUGACCCACAAACUAAAACAUACAUGUGUUUACUUGAAAUCAGUCUUUGGUCUGUUGCUACGGUCAGUCGGGCGCCGUUUUGACCGAUGUUUGCCCGCUUGAGAAGCCGCUCCCAGCGACUGCUAAUAGUCUUUGGAUUGGCGAGCGGCUGUGUGCUCGUUUGUCUCUGGAGAACCGCAGAGGCGACUGAUGGAGAGCGGCGGGGGCUGGCUUCAGGCCUGCGGAGCCUGCUGCACUUUGAGAUGCCGGCCGGUGCGCACAUCUCUCUGCCGGACCCCCCGAAGGUCCUCGUUGCAGCUGCAGAGCCCGAGGACAACUCCACACGACCCCACCACCACCAUGAAAUGGAUCCUGAGGCCGCCCUGCGGCGGCGCUGCGCACUCGUGAAGGGCACGUGGUGCGGCGAGUUCCUGCGCCAGGUGCGGCUCCCGGCACGGCCCGUGCCGCGCGGCCGCAAGGAGUGCCCAAACGCCUGCAGCGGCUGGGGCAAUUGCAACCACGACACGGGGAUGUGCGAGUGCCCGGCGGGGCACGGCGGCGAGGAUUGCAGCAAGCCGGUGAAGCGGCCGUGCGCACACCGGCACCGCAACAUUAGCAACCCGAACGCCACGGAGCCCGUGAGCUCUGUGGGCCCGAACGGGCUAGACAUCGGGCCGACGACUGUGCAGGGCUGGACGGCGUCCCGCUGCUUCGGCUUCUGCGAUGAGGACGUGGCUGCAUGCUACUGCGGCGAGGGCCGGUACGCCCGCAUCCCGCCGCCGCCGGGGUCGCCGCCGUGGACGCCGCCGGUGCAGCGUGGCAGGCCGCUGGCGGAUGGCUGCCAGCCCAACACGGACGCCACCGGCGCCAAGAGCUUCGCGGCCGGCGGCGGCACCUCGUGGGCGGACAUCUACGGCCCCAACGGCUUUUGCAACGACCCCAACAAAGCCACCAGGUGUGGUUGCUUCCAGGAGAUUGCCUUCCCCUGCGACGGCUCCGUGCCCAUGGAGACCACCUGCAUGAACCAGUGCAGCGGGCACGGCGAGUGCCACUUCGGGUACUGCAGGUGCCACAAGUUCUGGUAUGGGUCGGACUGCAGCCGCAAGAAGGCCGACUCGGGGCCGCUGGAGCCAGCGCUGCACGAGAGCGAGCGGCCCUGGCUCCGCCCCGUGGUCGCUGUGCCGCCCGCCGCUCUGGAGACACCGCCCAUCAGCACCCGACCGCGGCCACUCAUCUAUGUGUACGAUGUACCUCCAGACUACACAUCACGCAUGCUGCAGUACCGCAACUUCGGCGACACGUGCCUUUGGCGCCGCUGGCACGACGGCAACUUCACCGGCAUCACCGGGUACACGUACGGCAUCGAGACGUUGAUGCACGAGCUGAUGCUGCAGAGCGAACACAGGACCUUCGACCCUGAGGAGGCUGACUUCUUCUACGUGCCCAUGUACAUCACCUGCUACUUCUGGCCCAUCCUGGGCUGGGCGGACGGUCCCUGGUGGCACGCGCCCAACGGUCUGCGUGUGAUGCACGGCGCCAACAUGAUCACCGAGCUGCAUGAUUGGCUGCGGACCAAGCUGCCGUACUGGGACCGGCGCGGCGGGCGCGACCACAUCUGGCUCAUGGCGGCGGACGAGGGCGCCUGCUGGAUGCCCAAGGCAGUGUACGACACCUCCAUUGUGCUGACACACUGGGGCCGCCUGGACCCCGAGCACAAGUCCAACACCGCCUACCUGCAGGACAACUACACAGCCAAGCCCGAGUCGGCCUUCGACGCGUGGCGGGGCGUGGACUUUGGCGACCGCAUCAAGGGCCACCCCUGCUUCGACCCGAGGAAGGACUUGGUGGUGCCCGCCUUCAAGAGCCCCAACCACUUCCCGCGCUCGCCGCUGAUUGGCGCGCCGCCGCUGGAGCGCGACCUGCUCCUCUUCUUUCGCGGCGAUGUGGGUGCCAGCCGCCUGCCGCACUACAGCCGCGGCAUCCGGCAGAGGCUGUUCCACCUAGCUCACAAGCACGACUGGUACAACCGCUUCAAGAUCGCCAUCGGCAGCGGCGACAGCCUCAAGGGCGACUACUCGGAGCAGCUGGCCCGGUCCAAGUUCUGCCUGGUGGCGCCGGGCGACGGCUGGUCUCCUCGCGCCGAGGACGCCAUCCUGCACGGCUGCAUCCCGGUGGUGGUCAUGGACGGCGUGCAGGCGGUGUUCGAGAGCAUCCUGGACUGGGACUCCUUCAGCCUGCGCAUACGCGAGGACGACGCCGCGCUGGAGGCGCUGCCGCAGCUGCUGGCCAGCAUCAGCCCCGAGCGCCUGGCGCACAUGCAGAGGCACCUGGCGCGAGUGUGGCACAGGUUCGCUUACACGCAGACGCCUUUCCUCAAGGCCACGGUGGACCGCACCAUCCAUGGCUACCAGCACAAGCUGCAGGAGGCCAAGCAGGAGGUGCUGCGGGACGCGCCCUAUCAGCCCGUGGCGCACUACCCGCACGCCGACGACGCGUUCGGCACAAUCAUGCAGUGGCUGUUUCAUCGCAUCCCCGACACACGGGGUUGAGGAAGUCGCUUGCAGGCAUUGGGGGUUUGUAUAGCGAGUGAGGUUUGUCGACGGAGUGAGGUUUGAGCGCGCGUUGGUUCCGAGGUUUGCACCGUACCGAAGAAGCAUAGAGCAAGGAGGAAAUCAUGUGCAUGCGAGCGAGGGGAGCCUACGUGUUGACCUACUGCCGAGCUGAGAGUGAGAGUGAAGAGUGCUGGGGACAUGCGCACAUGUAGAUAGCCCUAUCUUCCAGGGGAGCGAUUCGUUCAUUACGGUUUAUUGAUUUGUUUAUUCGUAUGCAUGGCGCCAC